CGGGUGGGGCAGCGGCGCCGGUGGCUCCGGGCUCACUUGGUGGCAGCUCUCGCCAUGUCCUGCUACAUCUACCAGCUGCCCGCGUGGGUCCUGGACGACCUGUGUCGCAACAUGGACACGCUCAGCGAGUGGGACUGGAUGCAGUUCGCCUCUUACGUCAUCACCGACCUGACGCAGCUGCGGAGGAUCAAGUCCCUGGAGCGGGUGCAGGGCGUGAGCGUCACGCGCGAGCUGCUGUGGUGGUGGGGGACGCGGCAGGCCACUGUGCAGGACCUGCUGGACCUGCUGCACCGCCUUGAGCUCUACCGCGCUGCCCAGAUCGUCCUCGACUGGAACCCCGGUUCUAAAACCCCACCUUCCCUGCCCGACCCCCCGGACUCCGCGCCUCCAGGCAGGCCUCAGGCUGCUUCCGUCCAGGACACCGAGGAUGGACAGAGACAGGGACAGCCCCGGAGUCUGGUGGCCAGCCAGGACCCAGGGCCCGUGGCCCCCGCGGCCAGCAUCCCCGAUGCUGCAGAGUGUCCCCUGAGCCUAAAGCCCCCCAGCCUGGAUUCAAAGGACUCCCAGCCUUGCAGCACCCCCACUCCCCAGCAGGAGGUGCUCUGGGGCCAGUCUGCGGACGGUCUCUUCUGGGAAGAGGAGGACGUGCGCCAGGCCACAGACAGCUUCAGCCCCCGCCACCUGCUGCACCGGGGCACCUUCGCGGACAUCUACAGGGGCCAGAGGCACGGCACAGCGCUGGUCUUGAAGAGGCUGAAGGAGGUGCCCGGCGCAGGUCCCAGCUCAGUCACUAGGCUCUUGGAGGCGGAGGUGCAGGUGUGCCGCAGGUGCUGCCACCCCAACGUCCUCCCGCUGCUCGGCUUCUGCCCCGGGAAGCCCUUCAGCCUCGUCUACCCCUGGAUGACGAACGGCUCUCUGCACGACCGGCUGCAGUGCGAGGCCGGCUCGAGUCCCCUGCCCUGGCCCCAGCGAGUUGGCAUCUGCUCGGGCCUCCUCCGGGCCGUGGCGCACCUGCACAGCCUGGGCAUCGUGCACGGCAACAUCAGGAGCUCCAACGUCCUGCUCGACGGGGCCCUCACGCCCAGGCUGGCCCACCCGGCCACGCAGCUGUUUCCCGUCCACGAGAGGUCUGGCUACACGCUGAUGAAGACCGGCCACUUCCAGGCCUCGGCCGCCUACCUGCCCGAGAGUGCCCUCCGCCUGGGCCGGCCCUCCGAGCGCGCCGACGUCUUCAGCUGUGGCAUCGUACUGGCUGAGGUCCUCACCGGCAUGCCUGCGAUGGACGAGGCCCGGGACCCCGUGUACCUGAAGGAUCUGCUUCUCCGUGAGACCCCCGACAGCAGCAGCGCCUCGAGGUGCUCCCGCAGGAAGUCGGACGCGGAGAAGGCACUGGCCCAGGAGUUGUGUCUGCGGCACCUGGACAGCAGGGCUGGGCGGCUGCCCGAGGACUGUGCACUGGCCCUGGCCCUGGCCGCCUGCCUCUGUCUGCACAGGAAGAACCCCAGUCUGGCCGAGGCCCGUGGCCUCGUGGACACCGUGGAGGAGCGACUCCGAGGGCAGGAGGUGUCCACACCGUGUGGCGGGCUCUCCCGGGACAGCAGUUCCGCCCCAAACACUCCCGAGGAAACGGAUGACGUGGAAGUGUCGCCCCUGAAUGCUGCCUGUGCCUGGCCGGGCGCCAUGCAGACCUGCGGCCCAGCUGGGGCUGGCUCGUCCUCCUCCUCUGGGGCUCUGGCCAGCCCCAGCUGCACCCAGGAGGCAACUUCGUGGAAAAUUGAGAUCAAUGAUGCCAAAAGGAAGCUGAUGGAGGACAUUGUGCUGUACAAGGAGGACAAGCUGGACAGUAGCGAGCUGUUUGGGUUCUGAGUGUGGCCCCGGCCC